AUAAUUCGGAGGGGGCUUGAUGUAAAUUCAAUUAGCUAAUGUGAGAUGAGACCGAGCUAAGUGAUCACGCUUUUCUCUCUCCUCUCUCUUUCUCUCGCCUACAGAACAGCCUGAAAGAGUCCUUCAGACGUGUCUCUUUAGACAUUGUCUGUUCUGGUACGGUCCGUGGUUGUGUGACGGAGGAAGGACAGACAGCGUGCCGCUGCCUACAGUGUGUCCCAGCCCUGUACAGGGUCCAGACGCCGCGCAACUUUGUGCGUCUCGCCUCCGAGCCGAACGCGAGAACAUGACGGUCUGUCUAGCAGCCGAGCGGGCCUGAGCAUCGCCCGGCUCCCUCCCCCCGUACCCCCAGCGUUCUGUUAGUCCGAGAAGAGAGAGUGUCGAGUCUACAGCUUGGGCAGAACGGACGGAGUACGUACAACAUCGCCAUGCCUUUCGGAGGCUUCGAUUCGCUGAAGGAAAAGGUCCUAACGCCGUGGAGCGAGAAAGACCCCAUCGCUAAAGUCAAGUCGCCGAUCUCAAAGGCGUUUAAGAAAGACACAGACGAGAAGGGGCUGGUGACGCACGAUGAGGCGCAGGCUCAGCACGAGGAGGACCACCCGGAGCUGGCCAACCUGCCACCGGGAGAGGACGAGAAACGCCCCGGGCCCUGCGACCGGACUCCGUGCGCCAACUUAACGAAACGAUAUCAGAUCGCAAUUCUGUCGUGUAUUGGGUUCAUAAUUUCGUUCGGUAUUCGUUGUAACAUGGGCGUGGCGGUGGUGGACAUGACCAACAACGUCACCGUGCAUGUGGGAGAAGGGGAGAAGCCACACAUCCAGAGGGCCGAGUUCCACUGGACACCGGAAGCCAUCGGCAUCAUCCACGGCUCCUUCUUCUGGGGAUACAUCGUCACUCAGAUUCCGGGCGGUUACCUAGCAACUAGAUUUCCCGCCAACAGGAUAUUCGGUCUCGCCAUCCUGUCCACCGCCUCGCUCAACAUGCUGAUCCCCGCCGCCGCCAAGGUGCACUACGGCUGCGUCAUCGCUGUCAGGAUACUACAGGGACUGGUGGAGGGAGUGACCUACCCUGCCCAGCACGGUAUCUGGAGCAAGUGGGCCCCUCCACUGGAGAGGAGUAGACUGGUCACCAUGUCCUUCUGCGGCUCUUACGCAGGAGCGGUGGUGAGCAUGCCCCUGUCGGGGCUCCUGACUGACUACGCCGGCUGGCCAUGUCCGUUCUACGUUUAUGGAGCGGCAGGAAUGGUGUGGUUUAUCGCCUGGAUGCUGAUCGCCUACGAGAGCCCUGCCGCCCACCCCACAAUCACACAGGCUGAAAGGAUAUACAUUGAGGACAGUAUAGGCGGGUCCACAAAGCAGAGUCUGAGUGUCGGUAUCCUGAGCGCCCUGCCUCACCUGGUCAUGACGUGCAUCGUGCCGGCAGGCGGCCAGCUGGCUGACCUCCUGCGGCGCCGCAGAAUCCUCUCCACCACGAACGUACGCAAGAUCUUCAAUUGCGGAGGGUUUGGAAUGGAAGCGGUAUUUCUGCUCAUAUGCGGAUACAGUAGCAGAAAUACGGCAGUCGCUAUCGUCUGUCUGACUAUUGCUGUUGGCUUCAGCGGAUUCGCUAUCUCCGGCUUCAAUGUGAACCAUCUGGACAUCGCGCCUCGUUGGGCCUCCGUGCUGAUGGGCAUCUCCAACGGAGUGGGCACUCUGUCAGGCAUGAUCUGUCCAAUCAUCGUCAGCACCGUCACCAGACACAAGAAUGCGAGGGAAUGGCAGACAGUCUUCCUCAUCGCAGCCAGUGUCCACUUCUUCGGUGUUAUCUUCUACGCUUUCUUCGCUUCUGGCGAAGUCCAGCCAUGGAACGAUGACAUCGAGGACAAAAAUGGAGGAGACAAAUACAAGGACAUUGACAAGCAGACGAUCGUUGACAAAGACGAGUGCGCCCUGACAGCGGAAGAGGGGAUGGGCACGUACGGAGCCUGUGACAGCGACAUCAUCCCCAAGAGCAAAGAAGAGCUGGUGCAGGUACCAGCCAAGGACACGUAUCUCCAUGGAGAUCCAGACGACCGAGAACUGCGAUGACGUAACGGAAUAUUCCACGUAGAUGACGUCAGUACAAUACGUAGUUUCAUCGUUGUGAAAACUAGCAACUUUACUCACUAAUGCAUUGAUUGAUUCAAGUACAUGUAGUGACAAAUGAGGAAAAGGAAUUUAAGAACAUGGCUACCAUGGAUAUACUCUAGAUUCAAGCUAUUAGGGCUCUUUAACCUUAUCAACCUUUGUCUUAGACGAGACCUAGGCCUUCUCCGGGAGGAAUAGUAGUGAUACUAUAACAUUAUGACUCUUGAUCAUGUAGAAGUGUUGACCAAUGAAACAGUCCCAAUUUGUUGUCGGUGACUCUGAUUGGUUAAAAGAUGUCGUGUGUGUCCCCAGGAAUUCCAAAGUGUACAUAUUAUGUAAUGAACAACAACAAAAAAAGAGUCCUCCAAGCAAUAGAACAUUUGUUCAAGGGCGUGCGGUAUUUUGUGACGUCUUAUAUGAUGUAUGGUGUAUAAACAAAAAAACAGGUAAAACAGUUAGAUCAGAUGUAAUGUAGAUUCCAAUGUACAUAGUUACUUCAGAAACGUUCCCCAAAGGCCAAUGCGAUCAGUACACAAUAAUAAUACAAAGGGUCUACGCUGGGAACUUUUCUGAAGUACUUGAUCAACAGAAGUCGGGAGAAUUUAACAGCGCACAUAUAAAGUAACAGCGCUUGCCAGUGAUGUAUGUACGCAAGGUGAUAGAAAAUCAGAAAUAUGCAAUGUUCUUCUCAGCAGUAAAGGUGUUCCAUUGAUGGUAAAACCAUACAUGUUGCGAUGCUGUAUAUCGUGUAGAAGCACUUCUGAUGUGUAGGUAGUGAGGUGAUAUUUUAUGUCGACGACGCAAGCGUUAUGUGCGAAAAGCUAGUGGUCCGUCUCACGGUCCUUUCGUGUUAGACUGUCUCAAACCGAUAUUUCCACCUAUACUCACUCAGGAGACUCGUAUGUUAUACUGUACACACGUGCACCUACUAGCCGUAUAUCGGUGUACCAUUUUCCUAAAUUACUCUGGUAAAAGACAGGAACGUAAGUACAUGUAAGUCACGUAUAUGUCGAAAAAUAUCACGGGCCCUGGUGUACUGAAGAGUAGUUUUCCCGUUAUGUAUGUAUGUAGUAGUCCUGGUAGACUACCUCUCGGUAUAACUAUAGAAACUGCACUUUGAUGGUGAGUUUAGGGAGAAAUUAUGAUGGUAAAAUGUAACACAAAUUCAACACGCCCGGCCGGUGAGAUCGCGCAGCGCACAUGUUCACCUGAGGUGACGGUCUCCCGUGUAUCCGCGCGCGGGAGACCGCUGUGGCUAGCCGCGGUGCCGGUACGGAGAGUGAGGGACCAGGUAGUGAUGGCGCAACAUGAUCACGUAUGUAGAACGUAGCUAGCAUGUGGUGAUAACACUGGUCUAGUCCCUUGCUUUUGGCUUCUGUAUGUAAGUGAAAAUCAAAAGAAAGAAAAAAUAACAAUCAUGAUAAUAAA